UAAAAGAAAAUGAAAUUCAAUAAUUCUUUUUCCAUGUCUUUUAAUUUUAGUUGAAUUUUACUUUAUUUGGGAUUUUUCUGAAUGCAGCACUAUUUAUAUUAUCCAUAACUAACGCUCAGUAGUGGUGGAUAUGUAAAUACUGUACUGAAAGAAGCCUUUCGUCUAGAAGUCUUUCCAGUGUCUUCAAUUCUAGUCAAAAUGUGUCAUUGUUAUUAAUUUAAGUAUUUCUAAAUUGAUUUUUAUUAUUUUAUUCUUGACCUUUGUUCUCUUCUGUUUUCUUCAUUUACUCCUCUGUGGAUUUCUUGUACAAUUUACAGGGUCCUGCUUUAAAGAGGGUGAACCAAGUCUUCUUUAAAAUCAAUUUCUUACCUCUUGUUAGCAUUUUUUUCAAUCAUGUGUUGUAUCUUAUUACCACUAGAAAUAGUAGCACAGACAGGCCCCUUUACCAGUUUCAUUCUGAACUGGCUUUUAAAUGUUUAAUAGCAAAGGGAUCACAAUUUUUGAUAACUGUGUCUGGUUGGUUAAUUUAACCAGUGAUUCUGUUAAGCAGUUUCAGUGUACUGUAAAGACAAAUAUUUGCCAGCCUUUUAUUGCUGGCACAAAGUUGUUUGGGUUAUAUCAGUCAGUGUUGGGGAGUAAUGCAUUACUGUAAUCUGAUUACAUUUUCUAGUAACUUGUAACUGUAAUGGUUCCUUUUUCAGACAGGUAACAAAAUGCUGCUAAUGCAUGACCCGGAAAUCAGAAAGCUCUUCAACAGUGCAAGUCAAACCGUACAUGUCACAUGAACGCGCUUUUCAUAUCAUCCUGUGUCAGAGGGAAAGGAGUGGGUUUGAUAGCUGGAUCUUAAAAGAAUAUUUCGAGCUGCAGUCUGACCAAACAGAAAAAAUAUACAUCUCUGUAAAAUGCAAACUGUGCCUGAGAAAUAACUCUCUUAAGUAGUUCAUUUUUUCAGUGUAAUAAGUUACUGUUACAAUUUUGUUCCUGUAACUUGUAACUGUAACAGAUUACUUUUUCGAAGUGACUUCCCCAACACUGAUAUCCCCACUGGUACAGAACGACGCAAUGAAAACAGAUUGCCACUGGGGGGUGCUGUUUAAACCAUAUCACAUAGUUAAUUAACUAUGCAGCUAUAAUAAGACCUUUUAAAUAUGUCUUUAAACUGUAUUAGUUGCCUUUAAACUGACUUUAAAAGUGUAAAUACGGUUAGCGUCCACACUACGCAGGGUUUAAUACUGAGUAGUACUAAAGAACCGGAUUCAAGACCACCUCAGGAGGUAGUCUCGAGUCCGCUUCUAAUUAGAUCACGUCAGAAGUCUGGACGCUGUAAUGCCAAACUACAUUUUUUGUGUAUCCUCCAAUAUCCCAAAAUGCUUUGUUAUAUGUUUGGCUAAAUAAUCAGAACAGGGACCUGAAGCACUUUGAUCAGUGUACACUCUGUACUAGGUAUUCAUUUUUAUGCUUAAAAAACAAAACAAAAUGUAAGGACAUCUCUGUUAAACUAGUGGGGAAAAUAACAAAAGCAUAAUGUUAAAGUAGGCGACUGCAAAAAUGAAAUGCGAGUUAAACGUAGGAUCGGGGAUAAACAAUUCACGUCAUUUGUCAGCUCUGUUUGAAAUAAAAUUAAGGGGACCAGAAUUAGACCUUUUUCCAGUACGGUUCUCGAUCGGUUCUGUAGUGUGGACAGGGCCUUUGACAGGCCUCCGCUCGUUCAUUCUGCAGUGUGUAUCACUGUAUCACUGUGUAUCACUUUGAGACUGAGUUGCUUUAAUUGUAAUUCUUAGUUUUCUUUACAGUCCCCUUACCUUUUUAUUCUUAUAAUAAUUUCUGAAAUACAGGAGAGUUUUUAUUUAAUUCGAGUUCAGCAGCUGCUUUUCCAUUCCAGUUGCCUUCCACUGGCACAUGUAACACAGGCUAGAUCAGCCAGUGUCUUUUUAGGAGAGUCAGUGUCUUUUCAGAAGAGCCAGCGCCACCUAGUGGUUUUACAGUUGAUCAAGUUUCCUAUAGCUUUAACACUAGCUGUCCACUAGAGGGCGCUUAGUAAUACAAAGACUCUCUUGCUGAUUUAGCCAGCAUUACAAAUGUCUGUUAAUAAACUAGACCUGAAUUGCAGCUCCUAACUUUAGGUGAAAGCCCCUUAACAGCGACUUUGAGUAAUUGCAAUCAAAAGCACUUGGGAUGAUUGCAAACAUCAUGAAAAAGAAGGUAUUUUUUUUAGCAGUGUGUGAGGUCCCAUUCAUUCAGCAUUCGGUUCAUUCGCCAUGUGAAAUCAACAGCACCCCCUGUGGGGACCUUAUGUGUACUACGUGUGUAUUCAACCCAGCUCUACUCCUGAGAUCAUUCUUUGUACACGACACUCCUGCCUGUAUGUGAUUAGAAAUCAUGACACUGAGUGUAAAUAAGUAAUAAACAGCUAGAUUUCAAUUUUGAUGUUCAAAAUUGCUUGUUGUUUCAUUAACCUUAAUAAAUGUUAAAAGUGCUUUAUUGAAUCUGCUGUUUGUUAAUCCUAUAAAUAUAGUGCAGUAUUGGGGUUUUGGAGGAAUAUAAUAAACUAAUGCAGACACAAAGAAGAAAUGUCACUCUUGUGUGUGUAAUUGUACCACGUUUUCUAUCUGUGUAUCUAUUUUAUCAUGCAUAUAAUCUUAUUUUCUUUCAAUGAUUUGGUAGAGCAAUUUCUCAAAUGCCAUAGAGUUCGCAUAAACUGUUUUAAAAUGUUUUUAAAAAUGUGAUCAAAGGGGAUAUUGUAGUGUCAAACUGAACAGGAUUGUGGGACACUAGCUUUAAUGAAACUGAACUCUGGAAGAAUGUAAUAAACUAACACAGGCACCAAGCAGGGUUUAUAUUGCAGUGUCAAACUGAACAGGGAGGGGCUGUAUGGUGUCUGUCUUUCUGCGCACUACACGGAGGGUGACGGUAGGCGGCGCUAGUGCGCUGACAGUCCAGGGUAGUGAGACACAGACAGAGGACCAGGAAUCAGAGUCUCAGGACUGGGAGCAGAUUGAAGAGGAUGGCACCACCACAAAGGGACGCACAGUACCGGGGUGUGCAGAGCAGGGAGCCGGGUCGGGUGCGAGGAGGGAGAGCCCUGAGCUGGGAGCUGAACCUUUUGAACCCGGGGCUCUGAACGCCGUCGCAGUACUGGAGCCGGGCCCACUGUGGAUCAAGGAGGAGGUUCUGGACCCGGAACUGGACUGCCUGGACUCGCUUCACAUUGUGCAGGUCCCAGAAGCAGCAGCAGCAGUAGCCCUGGUGAAGGAGGAGGAGACGGGAGAGAGCAGCCCUGCAGGAGGGUAUAGCGGAACGAUGCAGGAGAGCCUACUGUCCACCGGGGGCACUGUCACACGUGUGAUUCAAGGCCGCUACCGAGACGAAAGAGUAAAAAAACUCAAAACCUGGGCCGUGACCAUCCGAAACAACCCCCCGAGCCAGCCCCCCUCCUCGGCUUCCCAGCCGGCCGCCCCGGGCCCCGCCGAGAAGCUGCCGUUCCGCUGCAUUGAGUGCGGGCGCAGCUUCGGGCUCCUGCAGGACCUGGUGUCCCACCUGCAGCACCACGCGGGAGGCAGCACGUUCCCCUGCCCCGACUGUGGAGAGUCCUUCGGGGAGCAGCAGGCCCUGCACGCCCAUCGGCGUAGCCACAGCGCCGAAGCGCCCUUCCCCUGCUCCACCUGCGGCCGACGCUUCCGGCACGCCCAGAGCCUGCAGGCACACAGCCGGGGCCACGGAGCCUCCGGGCCCUUCCUCUGCAACGACUGUGGCCGGCGCUUCGGGCAGCUGCACAGCCUCCAGGCGCACCGGCGCAGCCACACCGGUGAGAAGCCCUUCGUGUGCGGGGCCUGUGGGAAAGGCUUCGUGCAGCGGCAGAACCUGGAGGCACACCGCAGAACGCACACCGGAGACACGCCCCAUGAGUGCCCGGACUGCGGCAAGCGCUUCAGCUGGGCCGAGAGCCUCCGGAAGCACCGGCUCGUGCACACGGCCGAGAAACGCUUCCACUGCGGAGACUGUGGCAAGAGCUUCCGGCAGCUGAGCAACCUGCAGACGCACCAGCGGACGCACACCGGCGAGCGGCCCUACCUCUGCACCGCCUGCGGCAAGAGAUUUGCCGUCCUGCAGAACCUUCAGACACACCGGCGCCUCCACACAGGCGAGCGGCCCUACCUGUGCUCGGAGUGUGGGAGGAGCUUUGUGCUGCCGGGGAAUCUGAAGCAGCACCAGCGCAUCCACAGCGGGGAGAAGCCGUUCCCUUGCCAGGACUGCGGCAAGCACUUCCGCCAGCUGCAGAGCCUCAAGAUCCACCGGCGAGUCCACACCGGAGAGAAACCCUACCACUGCACAGUGUGCGGGAGAGACUUCAACCAGUCCCAGAGCCUGAAACAGCACCUGAGACUGCACACGCAGAGAGGGGAGAGCGCAGAGCAGCACUGAGAGAGAGAGAGGACACACUCACAGAAGGGAGAGCACAGAGCAGCACUGAGAGAGAAGACACACUCACAGAGGGGAGAGCACAGAGCAGCACUGAGAGAGAAGACACACUCACAGAGGGGAGAGCACAGAGCAGCACAGAGAGAGAAGACACACUCACAGAGGGGAGAGCGCAGAGCAGCACUGAGAGAGAGAAGACAUACUCACAGAGGGGAGAGCACAGAGCAGCACUGAGAGAGAGAAGACACACACAGAGAGGGGAGAGCACAGAGCAGCACUGAGAGAGAGAAGACACACGCAGAGAGGGGAGAGCACAGAGCAGCACUGAGAGAGAGAAGACACACGCAGAGAGAGGAGAGCACAGAGCAGCACAGAGAGAGGACACACUCACAGAGGGGAGAGCACAGAGCAGCACUGAGAGAGAGAAGACAUGCAGAGAGGGGAGAGCACAGAGCAGCACUGAGAGAGAAAAGACACACACAGAGGGGAGAGCACAGAGCAGCACUGAGAGAGAAAAGACACACACAGAGGGGAGAGCACAGAGCAGCACUGAGACACAAUACACACUCAGAGAGGGGAGAGCACACACUCAGAGAGGAGAGAGCACAGAGCAGCACUGAGAGAGAGAAGACACACACAGAGGGGAGAGCACAGAGCAGCACAGAGAGAGGACACACUCACAGAGGGGAGAGCACAGAGCAGCACUGAGAGAGAGAAGACACACGCAGAGAGGGGAGAGCACAGAGCAGCACUGAGAGAGAGAAGACACACGCAGAGAGGGGAGAGCACAGAGCAGCACUGAGAGAGAAAAGACACACACAGAGGGGAGAGCACAGAGCAGCACUGAGACACAAUACACACUCAGAGGGGAGAGCACAGAGCAGCACUGAGAGAGAGAGAGGACACACACAGAGGGGAGAGCACAGAGCAGCACUGAGACACAAUACACACUCAGAGAGGGGAGAGCACAGAGCAGCACUGAGACACAAUACACACUCAGAGAGGGGAGAGCACAGAGCAGCACUGAGAGAGAGAAGACACACACAGAGGAGAGAGCACAGAGCAGCACUGAGAGAGAAAAGACACACACAGAGGGGAGAGCACAGAGCAGCACUGAGAGAGAAGACACACGCAGAGAGGGGAGAGCACAGAGCAGCACUGAGAGAGAGAAGACACACACAGAGGAGAGAGCACAGAGCAGCACUGAGAGAGAGAAGACACGCAGAGAGGGGAGAGCACAGAGCAGCACAGAGAGAGGACACACGCAGAGAGGGGAGAGCACAGAGCAGCACUGAGAGAGAGAGGACACACUCAGAGAGGGGAGAGCACAGAGCAGCACUGAGAGAGAAAAGACACACACAGAGGGGAGAGCACAGAGCAGCACUGAGACACAAUACACACUCAGAGAGGGGAGAGCACAGAGCAGCACUGAGAGAGAGAAGACACACGCAGAGAGGGGAGAGCACAGAGCAGCACUGAGAGAGAAAAGACACACACAGAGAGGGGAGAGCACAGAGCAGCACUGAGAGAGAAGACACACUCACAGAGGGGAGAGCACAGAGCAGCACAGAGAGAGAAGACACACUCACAGAGGGGAGAGCGCAGAGCAGCACAGAGAGAAGACACAUGCAGAGAGGGGAGAGCACAGAGCAGCACUGAGACACAAUACAUACUCAGAGAGGGGAGAGCACAGAGCAGCACUGAGAGAGAGAAGACACAUGCAGAAAGGGGAGAGCACAGAGCAGCACUGAGACAAAAUACACACUCAGAGAGGGGAGAGCGCAGAGCAGCACUGAGAGAGAGGACACACUCAGAGAGGGGAGAGCACAGAGCAGCACUGAGAGAGAGAAGACACACGCAGAGAGGGGAGAGCACAGAGCAGCACUGAGAGAGAGAGGACACACUCACAGAAGGGAGAGCACAGAGCAGCACAGAGAGAGAAGACACAUGCAGAGAGGGGAGAGCACAGAGCAGCACUGAGACACAAUACAUACUCAGAGAGGGGAGAGCACAGAGCAGCACUGAGAGAGAGAAGACACACACAGAGGAGAGAGCGCAGAGCAGCACUGAGAGAGAGGACACACUCAAAGAGGGGAGAGCACAGAGACAGAGAUAAUAUUGAUGUGAUGCAGCCAUCUGAAAUGUCUUUAUAAUAUAUAGCAGACCCUUUAUAUUGAUGUGAUACAGCUGUCUGAAAUGUCUUUAUAAUAUAUAGUGCUAGACCCUGAUAUUGAUGCGAUCCAGCCCUCUGAAAUGUCUUUAUAAUAUAUAGUGCUAGACCCUGAUAUUGAUGCGAUCCAGCCCUCUGAAAUGUCUUUAUAAUAUAUAGCACUAGACCCUGAUAUUGAUGCGAUCCAGCCCUCUGAAAUGUCUUUAUAAUAUAUAGCACUAGACCCUGAUAUUGAUGCGAUCCAGCCCUCUGAAAUGUCUUUAUAAUAUAUAGCAGACCCAUUAUAUUGAUGCAAUACAGCCAGCUGAAAUGUCUUUGUAUCAGAUGGAAAUUAAAAUUAGCUGUACUGUUUAACUAUUCAAAAAUAAAUAAUAAUAAUAAUAAUAAUAAUAAUAAUAAUAAUAAUUAAAUAGUCCAGGGGUCUGUAUGAGGUACAAGCUGGUUUUGACCCACUCAGGUUUGGCCAGUAAGCUCACUUGUGACAAAGCCACUCUGAUCUUCCACUCUGAUCUCUCAGGUGUGGAGUGGCUAUAUCAGCUUGUGCUGUAUAAGUGUUCCACCCAGUCAUUCAGCAUUGGCAGGAAAUGGAUACUAUUUGGGACACUCAUGUGCGGGCAUUGCAAUCCCCUCCCCACACCGCUCUGCAGACCAUGCGUUGCUUCCAAACUUUCAACCUGUAGUGUGUCUGUAGAUAAUAAUGUAUACUUUCAGCCACGGGACAGCCCAGCUUUAAACAGCAUCAUUCAUAGUAUUUUAAUGCUUUAUAAACUGCAAUUGAAUGUUGCAUGCCAGAAAAUCAAUGUAAAAAUCGACAAUAAAAUAGGUUUGAUCUAGUAGAUUGAAAACCUAUCUAGUUCCCAUGUUCGAGCAUUGGUCAUGUUACCAGAAUGGAAGUCAGGUCCUAAUAAAUACAUUACUGGAGGCACACCUGCCAAUCCAAACACAUUCAUAAGUUCUAUUUUGUUUCCUGAUCAAACGCUUCCCAUAUAAUAAUAAUAAUAAUACAGAAUUAUUAUUUGUUUAUUUAGCAGACGCCUUUAUCCAAGGCGACUUACAGAGACUAGGGUGUGUGAACUAUGCAUCAGCUGCAGAGUCACUUACAAUUACGUCUCACCCGAAAGACGGAGCACAAGGAGGUGAAGUGACUUGCUCAGGGUCACACAAUGAGUCAGUGGCUGAGGUGAGAUUUGAACCGGGGACCGGUUACAAGCCUGUUUCCUUAACCGCUGGACCACACAGUGUAACCUUGUGCAGUCGUCCUCCCUGCCAGUAGGUUUGAUCUGUACUUCUAAACUAAUGUCUGAAAUGAAGCAAUAAAACUAUCAGCAAA